AUGAAAGCAUAGCAUCUUAUGUUAGUGUGUCUUCUGAUUAUGUUUGCAUCUGCAUAACUAGCAGUAAAUAUAUAUGAAUAUAUAAUCAGCCAAUCAAAACUGAAGAAGAAAUAAAGAUUGAUUUAAGUUUAGAAGAGAAAUUAGAAAUUAAAGGAAGUAAUGAUAUCAAGCAAAAUUAAAUAUUCAAUAAAUUGUAUGAGGUUGAUAAAGAAGCAUAUGAUUACUUGAAAAAAUCAUUUAAGAAUGUUGUACAUCUUGUAUUUGAAUAGUAAUAUACUUGAAUUCUAUAUUAUAGAAAUGAAGAGGAAUCUUAAGUUAAAUUGCUUAACUCAAUAAUAGAAAAUGUUAAUUUUACAAAAAUAGAUGUAAUAUUCGUUAAAAGUCCUAUUGGAUUAAUUGAAUUAAAUAAAGGAAUUAUUGUCAAGAAUUUUGAUAAAACCUUUAGGAUUCACAAUUUUGAGAAUCUUCAAUCUCAAAUAUUUGGUAAUCAUAUUAUUCUAUAUUAUAGAUAUAAUUAAUCCUAAAAUUGAAUUCUUAUAAACAGAAGAUGAUGUAAAUAAAUAUUUCAGUCAAAACUAAUUGAAUUCAUUAGUUCUUUUACCAGAUAAUUAUACAUUUAGAGAUUAAAUUAUAGAAGAUCUUGAAACAUUAAUUAGAAAUGGAGAUCUAAAAGAAGCAAGAAUAGAUGGAUUGAAAGGAUAUAAUUCUAAUUAUAAGAAUUUUACAGCUCCAACCUUAAUAUUACAUAAGGGAAAUAAUAAAUUUGAAUAAUAUGAAUAUAAUUUGACUUACACUGACUAAAUUUUAGAUUUCUUUUAUUUAGAAAGCUUAGAUUUAGUUAAUAGAUUAGAUGAAGAUAAUUAUGCAAGAGUAUUUGGAGGGCCAGUUCAAACAUAAGUUCAUUUAUUGAUUAAAGGUAUUUUAAGAUAAGAUUUAUUUAAUGCUUAUUAUUGGGUUGCUUAAAAUAAUAAAAUUAAUGAUUUAAAAUAUCAUCGUUUGAUUUUUACUUAUUCAACAUUUGAUGAGAAUCCAAACUUAUGGUCUUUAUUUGAUUUUGAUUAAUCUACAAAGACACCAUAACUUGUUAUUACAGAAACAAAUUUUAGAAAAUAUCAAUUACAAAAAUAUAUUUGUCAAUCUGAAACUCUUAAUUAAGAAACUAUAUAAUAAUUUAUUGAUGAUUUUAGAAAUAAAAAUCUAACAGAAUUUUACAAAUCUGAACCUAUUCCUGAAUAGAUUGAAAAUUAAGACAUUUAUAAAAUUGUAGGAUCAACAUUUUCAUAAGAAGUUCUUAAUAAAGGAAAGAAUGUAUUAUUAUUAUUUUGGGAUUCAAAAAAUAAAGAAUUAUUUGAUGAUUAUUUCAAACUUCUUAAUGAAUUUUCAUUAAUUUAAAAUAAAGAAAAGAUUAAAAUUGGUCAUAUUGAUCUUGCAAAUAAUGAACAUCCUAAAAUAACUGUUGAUUCAGUUCCUAAAUUAAUGUUGUAUUUAGCUGCAGAUAAAAAAGCACCUAAAGAAUAUUUGAAAAGUUCAAAUCUAGUGAUUCAAGAACUUAAAGCUUGGUUGGAUUAUUAUAUUGGAGAUGGUAUUGCAUAUAAAUAAGAAAAAACUGAUUUGUGA